GUUAUGUAAUGUAAUAGACACAUUACAGGGUUUGUGAAACUUGUGAGUAGUGGUGACGGUGUGGGCUGUGCUGUGCUGUGCUGAGCUGGUGCCAUUUUCGUCCUUCUCUUUUUCUUCCCACCUUCUUCUUCUUCUUCUUCUUCCUUCUUCCUUCUCUCUUCUCAUCCCUAACAACCACACAUGGACCAGUCAGGUAGUACCCUUGGCAAAGCAUGACGGAUUCCCUUGGCAAAGCAUGAAGGAUUUCAUUUAUGAUUUUCAAUACUUAGCUGAAGGUCUUUGCUGGUGUUCCCUGGAGGGAGACCUUUGACUUCAUUGCUGUAACAGGUUAUUGGUGAUUUUCCAAAUUCAAACUAACAUUCGAGAUCCAGAAAGAGAAAUAAGCUAAAUUGGUGUAUUUUGCCUGAUUUGUAGUCCUGGCGUCUUAGUGGAAUUGGGGGCGAUCUGAUCAGAGAUAUUGUUUUCCGAUUCUUCAAUGGAUUCAAUUCCAAAUAAAGUUUAUUACUGCUGUGUUUCUAAGGGUAACCACGUCCUGUAUGCCUAUAGUGGUGCAGGCCAGGAAGUUGAGAAUGUUGCGGCCUUGUGCUUGGAGAGCGCUCCUCCUUUCCACCGGUGGUAUUUUGAGACAGCAGGUAAAAGGUCUUAUGGUUUUUUAAUGGAAGAUGGGUAUGUUUACUUCACAAUUGUUGAUGAAGGACUUGGUAACUCAGUAGUUCUUCGGUUUCUGGAGCAUGUUAGAGAUGAAUUCAGAAAGCUAUCUAAGAAAGGUUCUAGGGGAAAAUUGCCAAACAUGAAUUCAACUCACAUUCAGGAGAAACUGGUUCCUAUCAUCCGUGGUCUGAUCACUUCAUUGGAGAAUGUCUCACAUGGUAGUGGUAAUCGGAGAGAUGAAAAAUCACCAUCUUUCCAUGUAGAUCUGUCUCCAUCACCAAGUAAUUUGAAUGGACAAAUUGAAGGUGCUAGUUCCACGAAAGCCCCUUUAUUGGGAAGAUCUAGCAAGCCAGAGAAGAAGAAAGUAAAGGAUCAUGUGAUUGCAAUGAGAGAUGUUGAGUUAGAGGAGCAUCGAAAAUCUACAGAUAGAGGAGCAAAGACUGAUUCGGGAAAUCUGGAUUGUAAUAGCCAAGGUAGUGCUGGUGCAUCUGUCUCUUUGCAAAAGGAUAUGGGUAUGAGGAUGAGAUCAGCCCCUCAAAACAUUCGUCGGAAGUGGUGGCGCCAAGUACGCAUUGUUCUAGCCAUUGAUGCUGCUGUGUGUAUAAUAUUAUUUGUUAUCUGGUUAGUAAUAUGCCGUGGUAUAUCCUGCAUUCGUUAGAAUAUGAUCUUCUUAUGUGUCUCUUUUGAAUCCUUAUCGUAUCGAAACUUGAGCUUUUCCAUGCAUGAUCUGAUCAAACAUCAAUUGGUUUCUUUAGGGGAGCAUAUAGAUGGAAGUCACAUUAUUUCUCUUGUCUGUUGUGAGUAAGAUAUUAAGUUAAGUGCUUACUGUAGGCAUGUGCUUCUGGUUGCCCCAAUAGAUGGGCAUUUUAAUUUUAAGAGUCUACUGUACAGUUUCCCACUUUUAAACA